AUGAUGACAGCUUCUUCCAAACCGACAGAAGAAAAUUCGCGUCCAUUCAGCCUUCUUGCAUACAGCGCACUCCCGGGUUACCAGGACUUUGACCCGACAAUAUCUGAUGCGAAGCCCACUGCUGAUACUAGAACCGAUUUCUACGACCGCAGUCUGACGAGUCGCAGAUAUGCCCUUGUCGGAAUGGCAUGUUCAAGCAUCUUCAGCUGCUUAUGCAUCAUUACAGGUAUUGUCACUGUAGCCAGUCACGGAAUCAUGGGGGUCACCCCGCUCAACAUGGUUAUUAUGAAUGGGUCUUCUCCAUUGUCGCUGCAGGCAAAUAUAUCGGCCCUGAUGCUUGACUUAAUCGUCAUGUUAUGUACCGAGUCCACAGGCUUCGUACACGGCAUCUCAUUGCGCUCUGCGCUAGCAUCAGAGUCUCGGCUUCGUUUCAACACCAAUCUGCGCCUUCUGACCACAGCUCGUGGAUGGCAUAACCCUAAUGGCGCCCUGCUUAACGUUAUCUCGGUUGUCCUCCUCAUUAUAUCCUACAGCUCGGCCUCAGUCGUCGUAUGUCUGGACUGGAAAAAUAUGAAUAGCUCAGAGACAUCCCCAGCAUUUUAUGAGGGUGUUGCCAUCACAGGAAUACCUCUCCUCAUACUGGGCAUCGCACUCCUCCUCCAGGUGAUCAUCGCAUUGUCAGCGAUGCGGGCUGUCAAAAUAUUGACAUGGAGCUCCUCACCUUUCGACCUGACCACCGCACUCGUCCACCACACGCAAUUGACCCCUGCUACUUUCCGGUGCAUGCGUUGUGUGUCUGACCUAGAUACGUAUGGAGGCCCAGCGAAGCCAUCAGAGACACAGCCCUCUGCGUGGCAUGCUCACCCUAGCAUCCGGAAAGUUGACAUUUUUCUUUGGGUUAUCGUUGCAGCAUGCGCUGGAUGGGCCGCACUCGUCAUGAGUAUUUCGGACCACUCUCUGACCCUACAAACGUGGUCGUUCUCCCAAAAUUAUGAGGGCCCUUGGAUGAAAUAUUAUCUACCGAGUAGCAGUCCUGAGGCGGCGUGGAUUCUGCUCUUUGUCAACAUUGCAGCAGUCCAGGGACUGUUGACGCUUGGGCUGCAUUGCUCGGAGCUCAUCGUGAAUGUCAUUCGAGACGAAAGACAGUGGAGAUGCGCUACCAGAAGGCAAGGACUUAAAGUGGCGACGAACCCGCUGAAGUCGAUUUUCACUCAUCCACUCUGUCUCAUACUUUUUAUCGUGAAGCCUUUCCUGCACUGGAUGUUUGGGCUUUCAUUCAACAUACUCACAGGCGCCUUUAACGAAUCCCUAGAACUUGAAGGUUUUACGAUAUAUAUGUUCGCUGCCCAGAUCUGGAACUUAUGCAUUGCGCUAUUUAUAUUUGCCUGUUCCUUCACCUUCGUCGCACUGCGCCGACCGUGCGGUCCCCAGCCAGCUGCAUAUGGCCACCUCCAGACGCUCGCCAACCUCAUGGAUGAGUGGUCGCCUGUGAUGUGGUGGGGACACAAGGAGGAUGGAAUUCCGUACUGUCAUGCUGGAACAAGCGAUCACCCACUGCCGGAUGUGAAGAUGGACUGCGUUUAUGCUGGUUCUGUUGCUGGGUCUCUGGUAGCCCUCUCAUGA